CUCUCUCUCUCUCUCUCUCCCCCUGCGCUGUGUCUGUCUGUUUGAUGGAAGUUUCCAUCGACGAAAACACGAAAAACACUUUGAUUUGUUUCGGAAACGCGAGAGUAUCCACUUCCCAUUUUAUUUGUGUACAGAAAAAUGGGUAAUCGAGACAGGGAGUGGGAUUUCCAUCUCAGAAGCUUAUCCAAUAGUGCCAGAGACUCCGGCCUAGCCAACGACAGCGCCUCUGACCCCUCCCUUCUCCAAUCCGUGAAGAAGCUUUUUGAAUUGUGUAAGGCGGAGAAUUCCGAGGAUUUGGUGGCUAGGGUUUAUCCAAAUAUCAACAAACUCUUUCAGCGGGCGGUGGCGUCUCUGUCUCAGCAGUCUCGAACCUCCAUUGGCCUUCUCUUGCUGGCCAUUCUUCAAUUUUACCUUGACUUUGGGGAGGUAGUUCUACAUGACGCUGAUCCAAGUCUGAGGGCAUUCUUCCGUUCAUGCUUGAGCCGUGAGUUUUCAGAUCCUGUUGUUGCAGAAGCUACCCUUGAUUUUCUGAACAUGAACAAGAAAAAACUUCUAACAUCUUUUCCUACCUUACUGCCUCAGUUUUUUCCAUUGUUACUAAAGUUGAUUGCAUGGAAUGGAGAAAGAUUAGAGAAGUCAUUUUUGAAGGUUUUCCCUGGAUUGAUGUCCCCUGGAUCAUUUCUUCCACUUUUUCCAUCCUUAGUGGACUUGCCAAUUUUGGUAGUCGCAUUGGAAAAGGUUGAGAGGAGCUCAGGAUCACUUAUCGGAAGCAGCAUAGCUUCAAUCCAGAAGAGUGCGGCUCCUGAGAUGCUACUUGCGCUCAUGGAUGAAGCUUAUACUGGUUCAACCAUAGGUGAUGGAGGGGCAGACUCUGAGUCUGAAGAUAUCAACACGAUAGAUGUUGCUGAUCCUUUGUUCCUUGACCUUUUAAAGGAUGAAAAUGAUGGCAUCGCUGAACGCCACUGGACUUCUCCUGGAAUGGCAACGGCGUUACAGGCAGCAAUUAAUACCCCCCAGUCUGAAAGGCUAAAACAAAUCCUUAAAAUGGCACCUCGGAUUCUUGAUGUGUACAUUGCCAUAACGCUGCGUGAUGUCAAUAAUUCUUUAAUAUGCGCGUUGAUUUCUCUGCUUAUGUCAAGGCACGCUACAAUAUUUCCAGACAAAAGGUUCUCCUAUGAGGUUCACAAAAGACUCUUAGAGUUCAUGCUCGCCACAUUUCACCGCUCUCCAGAUUUUAUUGCACUUUUGAAGAAGCCUAUAAUGGACAGGCUCGGAGAAGCUUAUGACAGCCCUGCAAAGACAGAGUUGGCGUUACAAUUGUGCUGGGCCAUUGGGGAGCAUGGUGGGGGUGGAGACUCGCACAAAGAUGCAGCUCGUGAGCUCUUUGAGAGCUUAGAGCUACUUUUGUAUGAAAAUCUGUCAUCUAGUCGUCUAGGCAUAAGGCAGGAGUCAGCCCUGAGCUCUGAUAGUGAAACUUCCAGAAAGUCAUCACAGUCGAGGCUUUUAUGUUUUGUUGUAACAGCUAUUGCAAAGCUUGCUACACAUCACCGUGAAUUACUGCCAAGGGCACGUGUUUCCUUGGGCAAGGUAGCUGGAUCCCGAAUCUCAGACGUAAGGGUUUGGAGGCGCGCUCGUGAUUAUUUGGGCUUGAUGAAUGAACCUGCAAUUUGUUUAUCUGUUUUGGGUCCUUCGCGACCUUCAUGUGGAUAUGCACAGAAGCCAGGAACUGUGAACUGGAGUGAAGGUGGCACCAAGUUAAUUGCGCAUAUUCCAUUUUACAUUCUGCGUGAACAAGAAGGUCCACCGUUCCAUGAUUUUUCAUUUUCAAAUAUCCUUCCUAGAAGAUGAAGGAAGCUUUGUUGCAGGAAGAGGUGGACUCUGGAAUAAGAAGAUCCUUUGGAGUUCCACUUUAUGAAGUGACCCCUUUUUUUCCUAAUGUCACUAGUAAAUACUUGUUUGUAUCCUAUCAGAGAAUAUACUAAGACCAAAUACUUUAGAUUUCAAAGAAUAAGUAUAAAUGAAGAAAAUGCUCUUAUCUUUCAA